AUGGACAGGUGUGAUACAGAAGAGGAAAGUGAUUCAAGUGGUGAUGAUGUUGAUGAGUUGGAAGGGGAAGAAUUGGUGGAAAGCUUGCGGAAGGAAAUUGAGCACGAGAUGCAUUUGCUGCAAGAGCUGGAACUCACCCCAUAUGAGAAGAUAAGCAGUGUUAAGAUAACUGCAAAGGAGUGGAAACGAGCAGAACAAAGUCAUGGAUUCAGGUAUAAUGGACAAGGUGAACGGAUGCAGAGGAGGCAUCAGGAGAUGGCACGGAAAAAGGCUGAAAAGGAUAAAAUAACAAGAAAAAGCACACCAAAGGUUGUUGAAGAAAGAGCACAGGGGUUAGAGUGUGUCGAUGAAUGCAAAGAAUGCAAAGAACACUUACAGCAUGUUGAUGAACAUGAAGAACACGUUGCAUCUGCCAAGUCCACGUCAAGCUCGGUGCCCCAGAAGGAUCCUGACACAUCUGCUGUCAUCACGGACGAGGUCUUCACCGGCUAUAUAUCCAAUGUCGAGGAAGAUGUUGAUGAAGAAAUGGAAAGGAUUCUUCAGGCCGGAGUUGAGGUCAGAGAUGCAGUGGAUCAUGCAGAAAUUGAAGGAUCAGGAAAUGCCAGUUGCACCAGCAACGUCACUCACGAGAACUCGGAAUGGGAGGAUGUUUUUGAGGGCCCUUUUCGUGUCCCAAACCCUCCACCUCUUAAACGACAAUGCCAUGCUGUUCCCAUUCAGGUUGCAUGGAAGAGGCGAAGGCUUGAAGUGGCACUCGAGUUGAAGCAAGCGCUGAGUGCAAUAGAGAAGCUUAUCGUGUCUUGGAAAAAGAAAGUUUUCGACACGGGAAGGAACAGUCUUCAAGAGUAUCGAGCUCGAGUCAUACAGUCACACUUACACAUGGUUCUGCAUAAUGGGAGGAAACACAUCGAAGUGUCAGAAAGGGCUGCCGAAAGUCAAGGUUUCGCAGCAAACUGGGGUGGCAGACUUGUCCGUCGAUGGGUCAGGAAGUGGGUGGCAAAAAGAGAGUUGCCGGAGUCUUCUUGUGGUGCACAUGGGAAAGUUUAUUCCCUUCUUGAUGAUCUGGCUGUCCGUGCAAAGCUCAGAUCAUAUUUGAGAUCAAACAAAUGGUCCGUGGAUCCCGCAAAGCUGACUGAGUUUGUGAAAGCGAAAUUGAUACCAACCGCUGCAGAGAAAUAUAUCUGCCAGGUGGUUGACGAGGAGAUGCCGCGAGGAUUGAAGAAAUACAUGGAAAUGGAACUAUUCCCUCACGUUCAGUAUCGCAAGGUUGGGAAAGGCAUUACCUUGGAGACCGCACUACAGCAGAAUGAUGGAAAAAAGAAGAGCUGGGUCCUUAACAGCGAACAUGCGUUGAAGAAGAAAGGCGUGGGACGCGGAAUCCACGUUUCCGGAGUAAUUUGUGCGACGAAGGGGUAUCUCACAGAUGCAGAGCAGACAAUGGAAUAUGGGAAAAAUUAUGAGGGAUAUUGGACAGGUGAAUUAUUUGUGAAACAGCUUCGUGAAAAAAUUAUCCCUGCAUUUGAACGUGCUCAUGGACCAGGAUAUCAAGCACUUAUCGUCGUUGACAACUCUCAGGGCCAUUCUGCUUAUGCAGAAGACGCCCUCUUGGUCUCUUGGAUGAAUCUUCACCCAGGCGGAAAGCAGGCGCAUAUGCAUGCGAUAUGUUUUAUUCGUGAUGGACAGAGUUUUGAUCAACCAAUGAUUUUUCCACCAAAUCACUCCAAAUUCCCAGAUCAACCAAAGGUCAAACGAUGGCUGCAUGAAAACUGUGACUACACCUUCCAGGGCUUGCAAGAUAAUUUGCCGAAGGCUAUGGAUGUGGUUGCGCUUGACACGGUUCGCAAAUGGGAACAUUGA